AUGCUAUUCCAAAUUGUAUUCUACAUCUUCGUUACUAUUAUCUUACUUGCUAUUGUUAUUAUCUAUGUAAAACUCAUUCGUCCUGAGAAAUAUCUCUAUGAUGUAUUGCGUGCACAAGGAAUCAAUGGUGAACCAUUUGUACCUUUAUUUGGUCAACUUCCUGAAAUACGUCGAUAUCAACAAGCUAAUACAAUUAUAGCUUUUCAUGAAGAUUUAGCACGAAAACAUGGAAAUAUAUAU